AGAGACAUCAAUAUUACUUGCAGCAAAGAUGGGUAUAUCAGAAAUGGUGGAAAAAAUCCUGAAAACCUUUCCAGUGGCCAUUCAAGACUUGGAUGCAAAUGGGAAGAAUGCCCUGCUCUUGGCCGUUGAGAACAGGCAAAUCAAGGUGUUUGAUUUAUUAAUGACAAUGAAACUCCCGGAAUUUGUCCUUUAUCAAGUUGACAAAGAAGGAAACAGUGCAAUGCAUCUCGCUGCCAAGUUUCAUGAACACCAACCUUGGCGAAUUCCAGGUGCUGCAUUGCAGAUGCAGUGGGAAAUCAAGUGGCUUAAGCAUGUCAAGCACUCCAUGCCGCCACAAUGUUUCAUCCAGUACAACAAGAAAGGUGAGACUGCAGGAAAAAUUUUCAUGAAGACACAUGAAAAACUAGUUAAAGAUGGAAGUAAGUGGAUGAUCAAAACCUCCGAAUCAUGCUCUCUGGUGGCAGCACUCAUUGCAACAGUGGCAUUUGCUACCUCAUCAACAAUUCCAGGUGGCCCUGAUCAAAAGUCUGGUCAUCCAGUUCUCGAAAAACAACCUGCAUUCAAUGUUUUUUCUGUUGCUUCACUUGUUGCUCUCUGCUUCUCUGUGACUGCCCUGGUGUUUUUUCUAGCUAUCCUUACCUCAAGAUGCCAGCAAAAGGACUUCAAAACGAGUUUGCCAUGGAAGCUUUUAUUUGGAUUAAGCUCACUAUUCACCUCCAUAUCUGCAGUACUGGUCUCGUUCUGUGCAGGACAUUUCUUCAUGCUCAGCGAUCAAAUCCAUAGUGCAGCACUUCCCCUCUAUGCUGUAGCAUGUCUACCAAUAACCUUUUUUGCUUUUGCACAGCUACCAUUAUACUUUGAUCUCUUAUGGUCAAUCAUCCGAAAGGUUCCUGUUCGUAGCUACAAGGUAUACUACCAUUAGUGUUUUCCUGGCUAAUCCCCUUGAAGUUUUUUUUCAGUUUUAAGGACAUAUCUGUUACUUUUGGAGCUUGGGUUCGGUUUUUGCUCUGAUUAUUUUUGAACAAUAGUUUUGUGUACAUUUUGUUUUUCAGUA